AAGAAGAAGAAGAAACUUCCGGUCCUAACGGAAGUCCCUCCCUCGCUUCAACAUGGUUCCUCCGGUCGCAGUGUCGCCACUUAUCAAGACGGCCAGAUGGUCCGCCUUGCUGCUCGGCAUGUUCUAUGGCAAGCAGAGGUUUGAUUACCUGAAGCCCAUUGCUGAGGAGGAGAAAAGGAUCGAGGAAGCUGAGAAGAAGGCCAGAGAGGAGCAGGAGCGCAUCUACAAACAGCUGUCUGAAGCCAAUUCUGACACCAUCCUUAAAUGAACUGUAUCUGGACCUGUGUUAUAUUCCAAAUUAAAUAAAAACAUAAAAUAUUUUUCAUGUAACAACUGAA